AUGAAAAGAGAAACAUUGAGACUGCUCGAUCUUCCAAGGGACUUGGUAGAGGAGAUACUCUCUAGGGUUCCAGCCACAUCUCUUGGUCAACUACAAUCUACUUGCAAACGAUGGAAGGCUUUGUUUAAAGAUCCAGUGUUCAUCAAGAAGCACUUGGAUAAAGCAGCAAAGCGAUAUUUGGUUCUAAUGUUGAUUGAUUAUAGAAUUUAUUCGAUGAGUAUCAAUCUCCAAGGAAUUCGCAACAUUGUUGAUCCAAUUAUAGAUAUUAAGCGUAGACUUAGCCUAAACGAUCUCCAGCAUAUUUCAGAACAGGAUGGUACUUCUGAUUUCUUUCAUUGCGAUGGUUUGUUGUUACGCCGCGUUAGAGACGAUAAACUGGUCGUUUGGAACCCUUGUCAUGGUCAAACCAGGUGGAUCCAAUUCAACAGUUACAAGCCAUUAUCUAGGGUUGCUCUUGGAUAUGAAAACAGCAAAUCUUGCCAUAACUACAAAAUCUUGAGGCUUUGGGAUAAUCUUGACUUCUUUCAGGAUAAUAAAUUCCGACCGGUUCUUCGGUUUGAAAUCUAUGAGUUUAGCUCUGAUUCAUUGAGGGUUCUUGAGGAGGCCCUUCUCGACUGCCUCAUACUAGGAUGGAAUGGCGUGUCUUUGAUGGGAAAUAUUUACUGGGUUGUUUCAGAUACAAAAGAUAAAUCUAUAUUCUUACUCAGUUUUGAUUUUACAACAGAGAGAUUAAGACGUCUGUGUCUUCCUUUUGGGUGCUCGAAUGUUGAUACUAUAGCUCUCUCAGUUGUUAAAGAUGAACAAAUUUCAGUGUUACAUCAGAGGUGUGAUACUCCAGAGAUUGAGAUUUGGGUGACGACCAAUGAUAAGAAUGAUCACACCAAAGUCUUGUCAUGGAGAAAAUUCUUAGCAGUGGAUAUUAGCACUCAUCAUGAUUGGAUGUUUUGGUGUAUCCGAAGUUUCUUCUCAUCGACGUGGAGAAAAAAGUGGCCGUGUGUUAUUAUUCAAUACACAAAGAUCAGACCAGCAGGGAAAUUGUAUGCAUUUUUGGAGAGGAUAAUGAAUACAGAGAAAUCUCUUCUGUAUAUACAGACAAAUUACGGUGGCCAUAUAUGUUGA